GCACCAAGUCCAUCAAUAGAUUUUAUGAAAUUCCAAAAAUCCUGAGCUCGGGAACCCAUCAUCAGCAGGUGAAAAAUGUAGAUGGUCAAUACUUUUUUGGUUUGAGCCCAGCAUUAGUUGGGCAGUUACAUGAAGAAACAAUUAAAAUCGUCAAGCAUUUUGACAGUGCGACCAAAGUAGAUACCAAUUUUGACUUGGUUGGAGAAAUUGAAGAGGAUUUGAUGGAGUUAGAUGUUGAAAGGGUUUUAGAGAAACAAAGUACACAUGAUUUGUAUUGUCCAAAUUGCAAUUCUUGCAUCACAAGAAAGGAUAUCCUUGUUAGAAGAAAGCCAAAAUUUUCAGAUAUACGCCACAAACCAAAGCAUCGGAAAAAGCCUACUUCCAUGGAUGAUAGUCGUAGUGGUUCCACACCUGAGAUGUACACAAAAUAUUAGCCCAAUAGUGGCACCUGGUGAGCAAAAUCAUGGUAGAGAACAAGAGCAAGAAGCAUUUGGCUGCUUUUCAAGCUUCAGCCUUUUUAUUCCCAUAGGAAGUGGCUGUUUUAAGAUCUUUCAGUUCUUCAAACAAAGGACGCAAAAUGAACCAACAGAAGAUCCAAAAGAUAUAUGCCAGAGAGAGAACACACAAAGUCCAAAAGAGAGAAACCAAUGUGAUAACACUCAAAGUUCCCAAGGGAAAAACUUGAGUGAAAAUACAGGAAGUCCUCACGAGAUAAGCCAGAUGGAAAGAACGCAAAGGCCCCAAGGGAUAAGCCAGAAUGAGAACACUGAAUCUCCUCUAAAGGUCGGUGACAAUGAAGCCACUUAAAGUCCUCAAAAGGGAAAUCAAGAAGAGAACAUGCAUAGUCCUCGACAUAUAAACCAUAAUGAAGAUGCACAAGAUCCUCAACAAGGGAUAAGUGAGAAUAAAAACACAGAAACUCCUCGAGAAGUAAGUGACAAUGAAGACACUGAAAGUCCUCCAAAGGUAAGCCACAAAGAGAACAAGCAUAGUUCUCUACAUUUAAACCAUAAUGAAGAUGCACAAUGUCUUCAGCAUGUAAGCUGCAAUGAAGAUGAAACAAUCCUUCAAAAGAUGAGCCAUAAUGCAAGUAAACAAAGACCUCAGGACAUAAAAAAGAAUGAAAACAAGCGAAGUCCUCGAAAUAUAUGUACAGCCGGUACAAAUUGGAUUUUUUCAUUUUU